AUGACGGACCGAAAACCCCCGAUUUCCGCCCCGAGACCCCAAAAGUCCUUGACAGCAUUACUACCGAAUAUAUCACAGCUUACCAGUCAUGAAAGCAUGAAUGGUAUUCCGAUGAUCUUGAAUACCUUAGUGCUUGAGAAUAAGGAAAACUCUCAUACAAGUGAUGAUACAAUCGACUGGAAAAAUCUAUACUUGAAAUCCAGACGCCAAAAUAUGAAAAUUCGAUCUCAGCAUCAACGAGAACGAGACAGACUCAUCAAGGAGAAGGCAGCACUUCGUAGGGGUAACAAACUUCUUCAGUCCGCAUUGAUCCAGUCUCGUUGCAACGCCUCAAAGAUGUUGGCUGAGAGAUGUUCACUUGUAGAGAGCAUGCUAGACAGUAUAAAGCAGAAGUUGUCUGAAGAGAGCAGAUUGGUCCACCUGCUCACCAAUCGCUUGAAAAAUAUAGAAAUCCAGUGCAAAGAAAUAUCAACGCGGGCAUUGGCUGCUGAUAAAGCUAAGGCACAAAGUGAUAAGCUUGCCAAAUCAGUACGUGCUCAAUUAAAACAUUCGUGCGAACAAUUGAGCGGAAAGGAUCAUAUUAUUGGCAAUCUUAUGAAAGAAGGGGAGGAACUACGAAGCACUCUUCAUAAUCGGAAUCAUGAGCUUAUGGACCUAGAUCAUGUGCUUGAAGUUUACAGCGAAGUAGUUGAAGGUAUUUUAAGCAGAAAAAGCGAAUGGAGUAAAUACAUUCAUCUACGCGACAGUAAGAUCAUUGAAAAGGGCAAUAAGGUUGCGCAUGGAGGAACGUGUCUCGCAGAUGCUUACCGUAUCAAAUCAACUAACAACAACGACUUGGGAUGGUAUGAAGAAUACUACGGGAUAUCCCCCGAUAUUAUGUUGAAAUUCGAAAGCAGCGCGGCGUUCAGAAGGCUCAUCAAUAUGAGAUACGAGGUUUAUUGCUAUAAAUACAACGUUAAAGAUAUUGCUGAUGUUUUUGAAGAAGAUUUUCAAGAGCUGCUGGAGAAGAUUUUGAUCAAGGCUCGGGGAACUGAAUCAAUGCAAAGCAUCCUUGUGGGAAAUACGGAUACGGAAAUUAGAGCCGCCUAUUACGACCUUUGCAUUCUGUGGGAGGAGGGAAUGGCGCAAGAAAUAACUGUCCCUUGA